AUGCUGCGAUCUUGUGUUUUGAUGUUCUCUUUACCGAUCCUCGCUCCCCCUUCGUACUUGGACCAGGGGAAAGGGAGGGGUGAAGUGGAUGGACGGACGUCAGAUUCCCAUACCAGUUUCAUUGUGAUUGUGUUCGCCAUACCCCGUUCCCCUCGUGUACCGCUCCCUUCAUCCGUCCAUCCUUCACUCCGCAGUCAUAUGGCCUCGCUCUCAUAUAUACACAGACAUAUUUUAUUAUACCAUCUAUAUAUGCAUACACAUAUUCACAUGCAGGCGUUCUCAUCCUCCACGGACUACAUCAUAUAG